AUGGCUUAUUUCCAUGCUAAAAGCUUACUUGCAGCAUUUGCCGUAUCUGCUGGUCUCUCCGUCUUCACUUCAACUUAUGAGCGCUCUAUCACGCCUCUGUUCGCCAGUGUGCCUACUGGGAAAUAUCUACCGCAUGUCCUAUAUGGCACAGUAGCGCUGACUUUCAUUGUCCCGAGAUUGACUACCUCUAGGGCGUCCAUCGCACUGGCUGUGUUCUGUCUUCUCGCACCAAUCACUUCAUACCGGUUGGGAGCUUACGCAGCUAGAUUCAGAGACCCGAUCAAAGGCCCUCUUACAACCCAUGUUAUGGUUUUGGCUCCGGUGGUGUUCGCCGGCGCGUCUAUCAUUAGGAAUCAUGUAGAGUUUUUCGUCCUCGGCAGUAUACACAGUAUUACAUGGGCGUAUAUGAGACUCAAGGAAUCGACGGUAAUGAAGUCUGGCAAAGGAAAAAUCAGUUCUGUAUUGUUCCGCGUGAUCGCACCAGCUGUCCUACUCCCUUUGCUCUUCCUGAUCGUUCCCAGCCUGCGAUCGCCAACCCUUCCCCACCCUCUUGUGGGACAAUACUCUAGUCCAUCCUAUCCCCUCCGCAUUCUAUCGUCUAUACAUUCCAUAACUGGUAUUGUCGUCGUUGGCGAGCUUCUGCCACCCCCUCCAUCACAGGACAUUACCUCCGCACAUUCUUUUCGAUUCCUCCGAGCAUCUCAUUCCCUCUUGGGCGGUGUUUGGAUUGGAUCCAAAGUUAUGACUAUGAAUGAUGCACUACCGAUGGUUGACGAACAGGGUACACCGUUAGGUGAUUCGAUCUACAGUGCUUUUGUUCUGCAAGAGGCUGCGAGGCUGGUUGACAGUGCACCGCAUAUUCAGACCAGAGAGAAUGCGCUGAUUAUUGGACUUGGGGCUGGUAUUUCUGCAUCUGCAUUCACGCGCCAUAAUAUGUCCACCACAGUGGUCGAGAUUGAUCCUGCUGUCUACGAUGCAUCGCGGCGUUUCUUUGGCCUACCAGAUCUCGGACAAGAUAGGGUUUUCUUGGAAGAUGCCCGAAAAUGGGUGAAAAACAGAAAAUCUUCUAUCGAUUGGUCAUCUUCGCCCACCAUGUAUGAUAUUAUAGUGCACGACUGCUUUUCUGGAGGAGGAGUACCCGGGCAUAUUUUCACCCUUGAAUUCUGGGAAGAUCUGAAGACGAUUAUGAGUCCUGAAGGUGUCCUUGCUGUUAACUUCGCAGGGAAGCUUGGUUCGGAUGCAUCCAGAGCGGUUUUAGUGACCCUCAAGAAAGCAUUCCGACAAUGUAGAGCUUUCCAUGAUGCUCUAGAACACAUGUCUGAUGAACAACUUCGCGCGGAGUUCAUCAAUAUGGUCUUUUUCUGCUCGAUGUCGCCUCGACCACUCAACUUCCGGCCGGCGGUAGAAGGGGAUUUUCUUAAUUCGUAUAUGAGGCGGCACAUCCUGUCAUCUCUUCCUGAGCGUGAAGUAAACUUGACACAGAUCACGGGAUCGCUGGCUCCUGCCUCAGAGGACCUGUACGUGCUGACGGACAAGAGAAAUAUGUUAGAUGAAUGGCAGCACGACGAAGCACUGGAGCACUGGAAGUUAAUGAGGGAAGUGCUGCCAGACAUAGUUUGGGAAACAUAUUAA